UUUAUAUUUUUUUAUAAUUUCUUUACAUUAGUUUAUUCUUUUUCCAUUCUUUUGCCAAAUAGGGACUAGUGGGUUCCGAGUACACCAUAUGACAAAUGACCUCCACAUUUGCCCAUUGUCUCCGGAUGAGCAAUAGCCAUGUUGGCGUUAUUACUCUCUUUACUCUUAUCCGCUCCCGUCUUCGCCGCCGAUCACUUCCUUUUGAACUGCGGCGCCUCCAUAAACCAACGGUUCGGAGAUCGUCUCUGGGAAACGGACACUGCCCACAAACAAUUCCUCCCCCCAAACGCCGCCGACAUAUCGUUAACUUCCACCGCCGCCGCAGAGCAGGGCCCUUCCGUUCCGCAGGUACCCUACACCACCGGCGUUCGAUUCUUCACUUCCCAGUUCACCUAUUCCUUCCCCGUCUCCGCCGGCCCCAAAUUCCUCCGCCUCCACUUUUACCCGGCCCAGUACAUCGACGGCGGCAGCCGGUUCGUCAAAACAGAGUCUUUCUUCUCCGUCACGGCCGGUUCCUACACCCUCUUGAGUAACUUCAGCGCCUAUCUCACAGUCUCCGGCGUUGACCCGCCGGUCGUGUUCAAAGAAUUUCUGGUCAACGUCGACGAAAGGCUGAAAAAGCUCGACAUCACAUUCACUCCUUCUCCGAAAUCUUAUGCAUUUGUCAAUGGGAUCGAAAUCGUGUCGAUUCCGGCCGGAUUUUACAUACGGGGAGAAGAUGAUACCGGGGAAAACCCGAUUACAUGGGUCGGGUCAUCCGGAACUCCGUACUACAUCUCCGACAACACUGCCCUGGAAACUCUGUACAGAUUCAAUGUCGGGGGCAAAACGGUCUCUCCCAACGAGGACUCCGGAAUGUUCAGGACGUGGUAUAGCGACGACGAUUACGUGGUCGGUUAUGGGUACCAAACACCGUCGUUGGAUGUCAACAUCAGCUACACCCCGUCGGCGCCGGCGUACUCUGCUCCGGGGAGUGUUUAUACCACGUCAAGAACGAUCUCGAAUCACAGUAACGCUGUCAAUUGGACCUUUCCAGUUGACUCCGGGUUUACUUACCUCUUCCGGCUCUAUUUGUGUGAGUUUAUGCAGGAAAUAACUAUGGCGAAUCAGCGGGUUUUCGCGGUGGACAUUGAGAACACCACCGCAGAGGCGCAUAUGGAUGUUUUUAUGAUGGCCGGGGGCUCGAGAAUCCCGAUCUUCAAGGACUACGCCGUUCAGGUGCCGGAGACGGACGGUCUACGACGGGGAAAACGUGACGUUUGGUUCGCGAUAAGGCCCAACAUGGAAUCCCAAUCGGUGUGGGCGAAUGCAAUUCUAAAUGGGUUGGAGAUUUUCAAGCUGAAUGACACAACGGGAAGCUUUGCGGUGCCCAAUCCCAAGCCUCCCGUCGUGGGCCCAGUAAACCAACCGCCGCCGCCCCAGGCUGCAGGAUCUAACAAGAAAGUCAAGACAAAAGCCUGGAGUGUAAGCGGUGGGGUUGCGGCAAUAAUGUUGCUAGUGUUAUUGGGAUUCUUGAUUUUCCAGCACCGGAGGAGGAGAGUGAGAGACUCGCCAUCCGACAUGGCGAGCCAUGCCACCAAGACGUCAUGGGCGCCAUUGUCGCCCAUGUCAGCAUCCACACAAACCUCCGGUUUCUCCGCCACCUCCUCCUUACCGAGCGACCUCUGUCGCCACUUCUCCCUAGAGGAUCUCAAGUCCGCCACAGACAACUUGGACGAGAGCCUCGUCAUUGGGAGAGGAGGGUUCGGAAAGGUGUACCGGGGACUCAUAGACAACGGGGCAACCCCCGUCGCUAUAAAGCGUCUGAACCCAGAAUCGAGUCAAGGAGUCCGGGAGUUCAGGACCGAGAUCGAAAUGCUCUCGAAACUGAGACACGUCCACCUAGUCCCCCUCAUCGGGUACUGCAACGACGGUGGGGAGAUGAUCAUCGUCUACGACUACAUGUCGCGGGGAACGCUCCGCGACCAUAUCUACAAAUCCCCAAAUCCGCCUCUUCCCUGGAAGAGGCGGCUGGAGAUUUGUAUUGGCGCCGCGAAGGGGUUGCAUUAUCUUCACACCGGCGCCAAAUACAGCAUCAUUCACCGGGACGUGAAGUCUACGAAUAUCUUGCUCGACGAUAGAUGGGUGGCCAAGGUCUCGGAUUUCGGGCUGUCGAAGGUGGGCCCGCUCGGCGGGGCCGACACCCACGUCAGCACUGCGGUCAAGGGGAGCAUAGGGUAUGUUGAUCCGGAGUACUAUAGACGGCAACAAGUGACGGAGAAAUCGGACGUUUAUUCCUUCGGGGUUGUCUUGUUUGAGGUCCUCUGCGCACGGCCGGCGGUCGUGGCGUCGCCGAUAAAGGAAAGAGUGAGUUUGGCGGAGUGGGCCCGGCAGUGCUACCGGAGAGGAUCGGUGGAGGAGAUGGUGGACCCCAGGCUGACGGGGGAGAUCGCGGCGGAGUGUUUGAACACCUUCGCGGAGAUCGCGUGCAACUGCCUGAAGGAUCAGGGGAUCGAACGCCCGGCGAUGAGCGACGUCGUUUGGAGCCUGGAGUUUGCAUUGCAGCUCCAGGAAGCGGCGGAGAAGUGCAUGGGGUGUGGUGGCGCCGCCGUCGACGGCGUAUCCCUGCCGAACAGCCCGUCUUAUCCCCUGCUCGAAAAGGGAGAGUCGUCAAUCACGGUGGGUACGACGGCGGAUGACGACGGCGGGUUCCUCUCGACGUCGGAAGAAGUUGCGGCGAUGUUUACCGGCAGCCGUACUGUUACGUCCACGGCGAGUAGCAGUCGGUUCCAGUCUGAUAAUGUUUUUUCGGAGCAACUCAACAACCUUCACAAAGGGCAUGAUUCAAUGCAAAAAUAUUUAGACUCGGUGCUUGGAAUUGUUUCAUCUCUUGCUCUUGCACGUGAGCCCGUCCCUGAACAGGACAUUAUUCUUAGUGUCGUGCGAGACACUAAUCAGAAUUGGCAUCUAGACUCUGGUGCAACGACUCAUGUGACUUCGGAUUUAUCAAGGCUCCAUAAUCCCUUACCAUACCAUGGCCCAAACUCUGUUUCUACUGCUGGAGGGCAGUCUCUACCUAUAUCAAAGCUGCAGGCCUUGGCUCCGGGAGAUGCAGGUGCCGGAAAAGUAGCCGUCGCAUUUGUAGUUGGGGCAGCAGCCGUGCUGGAGCCCGCAAGUGCCGCCUUCGCCGACGCAUAUGCACGUGCCGUCCGUGUACGCCGUGCAGUACCCCUCGCAGCAAGUCUUACUCCAGUUGCAGCUCUCUCCCUGCCACUGGCACCAGUCUCCACGGAGGCCACGGCCGUCUUGAGUGACUGCCAGGAUUCCCUUCAGGGGAUGGCCGGCGCGAGUGGCACCGGCGAGUUCAGGUCCGGCGGCCAUGGAAAUGGCCAGGCAGAAGCCAACCAUGAUAACCACGAGGCUCUUCUCCAUCCUAACUUGAAAUAACUGUGUGUGCAUAUCAGUGGAAAGAGAUCAGAAGCCCUUGUUUUUUAUAUAGGGGGAGAGAAUUGGGUCGUGGCAUGCAUGCAGUUUGGGGGAAGAUAGUUUGUGCCACACAAUGCCUUAGUCAUGAUUUUUCAUUUGAUAGGAGUGUAAUUGCUGCACUUAAGGCUAUGCAUCAUUUAAUGUCCCACCUACCAUCCCAAAAGAAAAUUAAAGUUCAAAUGAAAAGAGGUUCUCCAU